CACCCGGAGUUGCCCCUGCUCGUCAGCAUCGUGUCCACCUUCGCCAUCGUUUCCCCUCCGUGCAGUCAGGCGCCAUAGCCCUAUCGCUGAUGCUCAGCCCACUGCACUGCUGCCAUUACAAAGAUAGAAAAAGUCUUUUUGCAGCUAAGGCUGGUGAAUCUAGUGUUGUUGCUGUUGAUGGGAGUGCAAAGAUGGCUUCUGUGGCUACCCAAGUUGCAAAGAAUAAUGGUAUGUUGUAUGAUGAGAACGUGGAAGCAGAACAGAAGCAAGGUAGUGCUCAAGUUAUAAGUGUUGUACAUACAAAGGCUGAAGAGCUAAACCAGAAAAUACAAGUCCCACAAAAUGGCUUUGACCUGUUAGUGAGUGAAUGGAUGGGAUAUUGCCUGCUGUACGAAUCCAUGCUAAGUUCUGUCAUAUAUGCACGUGAUCAUUUUCUAAAACCUGGUGGUGCUAUUCUUCCAGAUACUGCAAUGAUUCUUGGUGCUGGCUUCGGGAAAGGUGGAACUAGCUUGCCAUUUUGGGAAAACGUAUAUGACUUUGAUAUGUCAUGUAUUGGCAAAGAAGUAACUUCAACUUCAGCUCGAUUUCCUGUAGUUGAUGUACUGUCUUCUCAGGAUAUUGUGACAGAGACUGCUGUACUCCAUGUAAGUUCCUGUAACUGUGCAUAUUUACUUAGGCCCCGUUUGAAUGUACUAGAUCUAAUAGUUAGCUGGCUAAAAAGUUACUAGUGGAAUUUGCUGACUA